AGUUUAAACUGAAUUACUUUUACGGUUUGCAUCUGUAAUAAAGUCGUGUUCACUGGUAAGGAGUGGAAUAACUGACUGUCAGAAGUUCGCUAUGGAGGCCAGUGCAGAGUUUACCAAGGACCUUUGCUCUCCAGCUCUUACUGUGGAUCUGGACGUUGUGAAAAGGAACGCUGGAACGAUGCUGGAACGAUUCCAGAGAAUCGGAGUGCAAGUGCGACCUCACAUGAAAACCCAUAAAACACUUGAAUGUGCAGAUAUUAUGACUGGGGGCUCACGGAGGUGCAUUGUGGUUUCCACUCUUGCUGAGGCUGUUUUCUAUGCUGACAAUGGAUAUGAUGACAUCCUUUACGCUUAUCCGCUGACAUUUGACAAAGUGCAGCGCUGUGCCAAGCUGUCAGAGAGGCUGUCUGUAUUUCAUGUACUGAUUGACAACAGCAUGGCCUUGCAAGAACUGAAAAAAAGACCACUGAAGCAGGGCAGUGCCUGGCAUGUGUGGAUGAAAUUGGACUGCAACAAUGGUAGAGUGGGCGUUCCUCAUUCCGAUCCUGGCGCUCUACAGUUGGCACAGGAAAUUUCAGAAACAGAUGGGGUGGAGCUUACAGGAAUCUACGCCCACUGUGGAAACACCUACAGCUGUAAGGGGGAAGAGCAAAUUAAGGCUGUUGCCCAAGAUACUACAACAAUGGUGUUGCAGUUUAUGGAGACACUGAAAGCUGUUGGAAUUCAAGGUCCCAAAUCUAGCAUUGGUUCCACCCCUUCCUGUAGCCACCCAGUUUCAGACAUGUCAAUGUUAAGUGAGGUCCAUCCUGGAAACUAUGUAUUUUAUGAUGUGCAGCAAUCUCUCAUUGGCUCCUGUAAACUUGAGGACAUUGCAGUUCGGGUACUGACCAGGGUUAUAGGACACUAUCCACACAGGAACCAGCUGCUGGUUGACUGUGGCUGGGCUGCCCUGAGUCAUGAUGGAGGUGGGCGUUUACCUACAGGAUAUGCCAUGAUUGAGGGUCAUCCAGAAUUAAAAUUGGUGUCGAUGACUCAGGAGCAUGGCAAAGUGGAGCCCAUCUCUGGAAAACUAGAUUUUAGUCAGUUCCCUCUAGGCUUCAUGCUCUCCCUUAUGCCUUACCAUGCUUGUGCCACAGCUAUGAUGCAUCCAGUCUACAUCGUCCAUUCUAAAGGAAAGAUUGUUGGUACUUGGAAGCCUACUCGUGGAUGGUAACCAGCCAAGAUACACACAGUCUCAUUAUGUCCCAUUAUGACUUUUGUCAGGAAUAGCAAUAUUGAAUUUAUUUUUUCUCUAGUUCUUUUGAAGAUUUUGUGAAUAAAACAUUACUGGAUGUUUAAAUUGACAUUUAAUUACACCUCUUAAUAAAAUCUUACUGUUUCUGUGA